AAUAGAAACAUGGACAAAAAAUGGAUACAUAAAAAUAAUAAAUUAUUARAAUCCAGGUAAAAAAUUAUCAACAGAAAUAUUAAAUGACAUUAUUGAACAGUUAAAUGGGAAAGCAAUAUGGUGUGGUAAUUUUAAUGGGCAUAACACAUUGUGGGGUGAUAAAAAUGAUCACAGUGGGUUACUAAUAGAAGAAAUUAUGGACACUAAAAAUCUGGUGUGUUUAAAUGAUGGUAGCACUACAAGAAUAAAUGUAACAACAGGAAAAGAAUCAGCAACAGACUUUACAAUAGUAUCAGACUCUCUGGCAGGAAUCAGUUCAUGGCAAGUUCUCAAAGACACAACAAUAGGAAGUGACCACCAUCCCAUAAUAAUCAAACUAGAGUUAGAAGCACAGAGGUAUGAUACGAGAGGAACACAAAAAUGGAGUUUAAAUAACGCUAACUGGGCAACAUUUUUGGAAGUAGGUGAUAAGGAAAUGGCAAAAAUAGAUUUAAAUGUAGACACUGABCAAUUAAAUACAGCAAUAUGUUCAGCUAUUAUGGAGGCAGCAAACAAAUCAAUAAAGAAGAAAGGAGGAAAGAAUAAGAAAAAAAUAGUACCAUGGUGGACYAAAGAAUGUGAAAAAGCAAUUAAGUCACGAAAUAAAGCUUUUAAAAUGCAAAAAAGGAAUCACAAUAAUCAAAAUCUAAUAGAGUAUAAAAAAAGGCAAAGUAUAGUAAGAAAAACAAAAAAAAAUACGAAAAAAGAAUAUUGGAGAGGUUUUUGUAGUUUGGUGGGAAGAGAAACUGAAAUAAGCAAAGUUUGGUCAAUGAUUAAAAGAAUGAAUGGAAUAAAACAAGAAUAUGGAUAUCCAAUAAUACAAGACGGAGAAAUAAUUGCAGUUGAAAAUAAGGAUAAAGCUGAAAUACUAGCUAAAACUUUUGUUAAAAUUCUUGGUAAAAACAAUAUUAGUGAAGAAGGAAGAAAAGGAAGAGAAAAACCAUAUUAGAGAAUAGAACAUUAUUAGAAGAAGAGGAAUGUGGAAAUGAUUUAAUAAAUAUACCAUUCAAUAAAACUGAAUUAAAUAGAACAUUACAAAAAUGUGAAAUAUCCACACCAGGUCAAGACCAAAUAUGUUAUAUAAUGAUAAAAAAUCUUAGUGAUAAGUCAAAAGACAUUAUAUUAGAACUAUAUAACAGAGUAUGGGAKGAAGGAAAAUUACCACAAUCAUGGAAGGAAGCAAUAAUCAUACCGAUAAAGAAACCAGGAAAAGAUCAUACACAACCAGGAAAUUACAGACCAAUWGCUUUAACAUCUAACAUUUGCAAAAUAAUGGAAAAAAU